CUGCCGCACGUGUUGUGGUGCCUUCAUUCUUGUGCUUACCUUGUUUGUAGUGAAAUAACAAAAAAGCCAGUCAGGGCCGAUCUCUCUCCGCUCACCCUUGUGUACUGAAAUCCGAACACCAAACUGAGACUGUGUAGUGUUGUGCGAAUGUAUGGAUUGUCGUAGUAGGGGUAGCAAGAUAAGAUAAGAUAAAGAUGCGCACGAUCGGCAGUUAAAGAAACUAUACGUGUUUGUGUAGUUGUGAGAGAUGAGUUUUAUAUAAAAUUAUGAAACUAAGUGCAGUGAAAUAGUGAUUUGUAUGUGAUGCUAUAUUGAAAACCAUGGGUUGUCAGUUGGGAAAGCUGGCUUCGUCGGAGAGGAGGUCUGGUGACGCGGUCUUGAGUGAGGGGCCGCCGCCGAAAACGGAUCCGCGCCUGCCUCUAACUGCGAAGCAGAAGUACUCCAUGGUAGCAUCAUGGAAGGGAAUUUCGCGAGCCAUGGAGAAAACUGGCAUAUGCAUGUUUAUUAAACUGUUCGAGGAGAACCAAGAUCUUCUUAACAUGUUCGAGAAAUUUCGACAGUGCAAGACAAAAGACGAGCAAAUUAACUCAAUGGAGUUAGCGGAGCAUGCUAAUAAUGUUAUGAACACGUUGGAUGAGGGCAUAAAGGGAUUGGACGAUUUGGACAAUUUCUUUCAAUAUAUCCACCAGGUUGGCGCCAGUCAUAGACGAAUACCUGGCUUCAAAGUAGAAUAUUUUUGGAAAAUAGAAGCGCCAUUUCUAGCCGCAGUAGAGUCGACUCUGGGUGAUCGCUAUACGCCAAACGUAGAGAACAUAUAUAAAAUAACAAUAAAGUUUAUCCUACAGACGCUUGUAGAUGGCUACGAGAAAGCCGCGAAAGCCUCCAACUCAACGUGAACCCUCUGGGAUUUGACAUUUCCUGAGCUCAGAUUGUUCUUACGGGCAGAAGAUAAAUUACUUUUUGGUCUAAAAACUGAAUAUAACUUUUUUACUGCCAUAAUAAUAUUUAUAUAUAAUAUUAUUUGUGAACUUUUGCAAUAAGAAUAAAGUUUCUUGUUAAUUUACAACGUUUGUUAUUCUUAUAGUAGGAGUGAAUUGAUUUGAGCUCAGGUCAUAUUGGAUGUUGAUUUUUUGGAUAUUUCGGAUCUCAUAUUUUUGGAGAUGUGUGUACAAAAGUCAAUUUAGAAACCUACUAUGUAUAUAAAUGUAUACAAUUGUCUUCUCACGAAUUCUAAUAUCGAGAAUUCUUCACGUGUAAACUUCAUCUUAAUUUUAUAAUUGUAAUAUAUUGCUUAGUUGUAAAGUGUAUUUUAGAAUAAUUGUCGUAAAAUAAUGACUAUCUCUUUUACGCGAGUACUACAAAUGAAACUUCUUUAUUCAUAUAUAUAUCUAACAAUCAUUUAGCCAAAGACCAGUAAAGCAUGAAAUAUCAACGUAUAUUAUAUAUGACUAUACCUUUCACAAUAUUUUAUAACGCCAAAAAAUACAAAGGAACCUAUUCUUUAUUUAUCCUGAAAAGAAAAGGUGAAAUAACCAGAAAGGCUAGUGUCAACGAGAGCUGUUAGCUUAGGAUGUGAAUAUUGAUUGUAGAGGUAACGUGCCGUGACGUCACGGGCGUGGCGUGUGACUUGAAGUUUCAAUUACGAUUAACGAACUCGUUUAACGGCGUGUAAUCCGUUAUGUACCAUUUCGGUGACUCUUCCUGCUGCUUUUUCUUUAAUUAUUUAUAAGUGGUGCAAUUAUUAAUUAAAUCGUUGCCAAAUAAUAAGUUUUAUCAAGCUUUCACUGUAAACUAUAGAUGUUAAUAAAUGUUAAUUAAUUAUAGUUUAAUGUCGCUUUGAAUAGAGUCAAAAUUGUGUUUUCCUACACUUUAUCGUCGUUAAAAACGUCGGAAAUUUUACUUAAGCUGUUUUAUAUAGAUUUAUCAUAUCCCAAUCUAAAACUAAAAAUAAUUUUCACUGCCUUUACUUUCUAAAUUAUCCGUUAUUCUGACAUUGUUUCGUAUAUUAUUAAUAUACCAUUAGAGAUAAUAUAAUUGACGCCUCUGAGUAUGAUAGAAAGAUAAGAUUAUCAAUACAUAAAAAUAUGAGUGUCAACCAGUGUAUUUACAUAUAUUUAUUACCAGUGCAUAAUGUUGUGCUUUUUCAGAAUAUUCGUGGCUUUAUUUUCUAAAUGUAUGUGAAGUCAAUGUAAGAAAAUUCUACGCUUAAUGUGUACUUAUGUAAAUAGAGAUAUACUAUUAUUCCUACUGUGUUUUUCUGAAUUGUUACCAUAUAUGUUUAAAUUAUUUUUUUUCGUUAUUAACAAAUUUUCCUAAAAUCUCGUAAGGAAUGUAUAAUGUUAUAAUUUAAUAUGAAAAUACGAGAUAUUUCAGUUCCUUUGCAUUGAAUAAAAAUGUCAGAUUGCGAGGCGUUGAACGAAUAUUGAAUUACUUAUCUGCAUUCCCGAGGGAGCUACAGGAUCACAAAGAAAAUGUAUUUAUUACAGUUUAAACAGGAAAAUUGAAUUUUUACUUCCAUUAAAGCAUCAGGUAGAAGGGCUUUGACGAAAGAAAUAAUUAUCGCAGCCAGUGAGAUCUUUUGCCGUAUAAAAUAAUACAAUGACAUCAGGCCUAGUCACUUGGCCAUACAUACAUACGUUGGGCGGUCACGAUUGUUACAAAGUAUUUUUAUUUAGGACUUCUGACCUAUAGAAUCUACUAAGAUAGUCAAUUUGAAGAACGAACCUAUUUAGUAUUUUUAAAAGCAAUUGAAAAAAUGGAAUUGUUUUUAAUUUCCAAUCUCCAAAAACUUGUAGAUUGGAAGUAUUAAGUGUAUGCAUAUUAGGCCAGCAAUAUUUUUAAGUACAUUUGGAAUGCCCAAAGUGAUCGUCAAAAAACCAAGUGGCACGUAGGGGUGAAACGCUUUUAAUAAUAAUAAAUACUUUUAUUCAGACAAUAGAGUAUUAACAAUGAUAGCUCUUAUUCUAAUGAUGAUAUAUUACAUCAAGCAUCAACUCUUCAUCCGUUUGCCAAGUGGCCUGCCCCACUCUUCACCUUACGCGCCUUACGCGCUGACAUACAUUUCCCAUCAUGUUUGUGAAUCUGUCCCGUGAAAUGUGGAAACUGAAUGUUAAAAGAAUUAAUAAUUCCGGGCAGGCAGGUGUAACCAAAUUCAUCAUAUAAUCACUAUAAUUAUAGCUAUAACAAUUCAGUAUUUUUUCAAGACCCUCGUUUAAUAAUGAUUUGUUGGUGACAUUCGAUUUCCAGGUUAAAAUAGGACCUAGUCAUUUCGAUCAAGACGGCUAAUUUUCCUUGUCAUGCCAAUGUGUUUCUUAAAAGUUUUGAUAUGUUUAUAAAAUUUCUGGUGUAUUUUUUAUUUGUAUAAUACAAAUUUGUAUCGGUACCAAAAAUAUAUUUCAUAGACUUAUACUCUGAAAUCAAUAUUGUUUUAAAUUUCGAUGCAUUAGCCAAGCAUUUCACUAGUACGGGUCACUUGUCUAGUAGUUAAUAGUUUUUAAGAGAUGAAUGUUUGUAUUAU